AUGGAGGAAGUGGGUCCACAUCACCACGCGGCGGGACCGCAUCAGGAGGAUGCCAACCUGCACCAGGCAGAGUCAAGGGGCUCCCCGCAUGGUGAUCCCCGAAGGAGUCCCGAACGGAGAGAAGGCCAUGAGGGGAGUGUACGUACAACUCAUACCACCAGAAGCCACUCUCGUGGGAAGAGUCACGUCUCCCACGCAAAGCAUGAUGGGAAUCUGCAACGUGAGAUUGCCGAUUUGAAGAGAGAGUUACGCCAUGCACGGCGGGAGCGCUCCCCACCUUGCUCUGAACCAUCAUCUGAGGAGUCGGAUGGGGCUAGUUAUAGGCAGAGAUCGAGGACUCCACCAAGCAAGACUUUCUCCUAUAAGGAGGAGCAUCACCAUCGACGUAAGCGUAGAAGUUCACCUAGUAGAGGCUUGGGUAACGAUGCCAUGAACAAGGCCUUGAGUCAAAUUUCCAAGUCACCCUUUACGAAAAACAUAGACGAUGCGAUUCAUCCUCGGCGAUUCCAUCAGCCUACGUUCUCUCUGUAUGAUGGCCAUUCAGACUCAGUAGAACAUGUAAGCUAUUUCAGCCAGAAGAUGACCAUCUACUCCAGAGACAAGACUUUGAUGUGCAAAGUUUUUCCAUCGAGUUUGGGUCCGACGGAGAUGAGGUGGUUCAAUGGCUUAAGGGCCAAUUCUGUGGGAUCUUUCAAAACACUGACUCGGGCUUUUGGUGCUCGCUUUAUCACAUGCAGCAGGACUCCUCGGCCUUUGGGAUCUUUGCUGGCUCUGUCUAUGCGAGAGGGCGAGACUCUCAAGAAUUACUGGGACAGGUACUGGGAAAUGUUUAAUGAAAUAGAAGGAAAGAACGAUGGUGUGGCCAUAACCACUUUCAAAGCUGGCCUCCCAGCUGAUCACGAUUUGAGGAAAUCCCUGACGGGUAAACCUGUUACCAGUGUGCACCAACUGAUGGACAGGAUAGAUAAGUACAGAAGAGUAGAGGAGGAUCAACUUCAGGGAAAAGGGAAGGCCAAGGUGAUCCCUCAGGAGAGGAAGGAUUUCAGGUCGGACCGUUAUAAUAGCAGCCGACCCCGGAGGGAUUUAGUUAGGCAGUCGGGUUCGGCGGACGCCCAGGUGGUUAAUGCAAUAUUUCGAGAGCCAGUGCAGCAAGAUCAUAGGCACACGACGGAUAACUGCAGGAAUUUAUGGGACCACUUGGAACAGUUGGUCCGUGAAGGGAAAUUAAAACAACUCUUGCACCACUCCAGUGGAAGGGCGAGCCAAGCAGGUUCAGAGGUGCGUGGGGACGCUUCAUCAAGACUCCCUUUGGGUACGAUUAACAUUAUCUUUGCGGCCCUAGGAAGGACUGGAUCUUGCCCCUCUAGGGUAUUGUCCGUGUUCCGAUCCCCGGCCGAGGAUCAUUCCCAAGCGUUGAAGAGAGCCAGGGUGCGUGUCCCCCUGAUUCUGGGCUUUUCAGAUGAGGACAUGGUUGGGACCAUACAGCCCCAUGAGGAUGCUUUGGUGGUAACGUUGAGAAUUGGCGAGUACGAUGUCAGAAAGGUGAUGGUUGAUCAGGGUAGCGCUGUGGAUGUAAUGCAUCCAGACUUGUACAAGGGGCUGGGUAUGAAGCCAGAGGACUUAACAGCCUAUAGCUCUCCUCUGGUAAAUUUUGAGGGAAGGAUGGUCACUCCUAAAGGGCUGAUCAGGCUGCCUGUGCAAGCAGGUACGGAUGUGGUCGAGGUGGACUUUAUUGUCGUAGAUGUUUUUUCUCCGUACACGGCUAUUAUGGGCAGACCUUGGCUUCACACCCUUAAAGCGGUCUCGUCUACUCUGCAUCAGAAGGUAAAGUACCCAUCCGAAGACCAAGUGUUGGAAAUAGUAGGGAGUCAGGCGGCUACUCGGCAGUGCCUAGUAGCGGCUAUACAGCAUCGGCCAGAAGCAAAAACCUCGGCUACGGCCGACAAUGAGUUAUAG